AUGAACCCAAAUGCUCCUAGCUAUUCUGCCGCAAUCUCUGAUGUGAAUGUUAGAAUAAUGGAGGCCCAGGUGUCUACUUUUUGCGAAGCUGAAGUUGUCAACCAAACCCACAGAAGAGACACUAGAAAAACCAUCAAAUCAGUCAAGACUUUUGUGGAAACAGAUGUCGAGCCUACUGACAUCUUUUUGCAGAGAGCACUUCCUCUGAUGGCCAGAAAGUUGGCUGACAUGCAGAAUGCAGACAGUGAGUUUCGCAGAGAAGUUCUGCAGGAGUUUGGUGCUCUUCACCAGAAGAUUGAUGACUUGGUAUCUGGGAGAAUUCCUCUUUGGUCCCUUCAAGAAGAUGGAGGGGAAAGAGAUGGAGCUAGAUCAACAGAGGUCCAAGCAUUUCCAGUCCCGGCCAACAACUCUGGACCAAUUUCCCAGCUGCCAGACAUACCUGUUCAGUAUAUAAUGAGCAGAGGUGUGCAGACGGUGCCUGACUUGUGGAGAGAAUGA